CGCCCAACAGCUCCAACGCCGCGGCCGCCCCGGACCUCUUCUGGGGCACCUACCGGCCGCAUGUCUACUUCGGCAUGAAGACCCGCAGCCCUCGAGCGCCGGUCACCGGCCUGAUGUGGUUGCAGCAGGGGGCUACCCCGGGAACUCUGGGCCAGCUGCGGCACACGUGUGAGCAGGGCGACGGCGUGGGCCCCUACGGCUGGGAGCUGCACGACGGGGUCAGCUUCGGGCGGCAGCGGCUGCAGGACGGGCCCUUCGUGCUCACCACCGAGUUUGUGAAGAGGCCCGGCGGCAGCCACGGGGGAGACUGGAGCUGGAGGAUCACGGCCGAGCCUCAGACCCCAGAGGGCUCUGUGUCUCCUCUGCUCUCUUUGUUCUUCUAUGUGGCCACUGAUGGGCAGGGGACAGUGAGGCCAGAUCCUGGGACAGGGGGGCAACUGAAUGGCAUCGAUGGCCACACUGAGGAGCUUGGUGACUUCCGGCUAGUCCUUCUUCCUCCUACCAAUGCCAAAGGGACAGCCUUGAAAUAUGGCAGCUACAACGUUCUCUGGACGCCCAGCCCAGGGCUGCAGUUGCUGACUGAAGCUGUGAAGAGCCAUCUUAAUCGAUGGUUCCAGCACCGGCCCCCUGGGGAUUCCCCAGAACGAUACCUGGGCCUCCCCGUGUCCUCUCAGUGGGACGGGGAAAACCCUCAGUCAGGCCGCACAGUGCACGGACAGGUUGUGGUCCAGCAGCUAACAUUAAAGACUCCCUUCCGAGUUGAGCUGGUUUUUGAAUCAGGAAGUGUGGGCUUGGGGGAAUCCCGUCCUGGAGGUCGUCUGGCUGGGCCGGUGUUGUCCCAGGCCUUGGAUACCCAUGCCACAGCCUUUACUCACCGAUUUGAGGAGACCUUUAGGCUGGGAGCACGAGGCCUAAGUUCAGGAGAGCAGGCGUUGGGCCGGGCAGCCCUAAGUGGGCUGUUGGGGGGCUUUGGGUAUUUCUAUGGACAGGGCCUGGUGUUACCAGAUCCUGGGGAUGAAGGGCCAGAGGAGCCAGCUGCAGCCCCAUCCCUUUUCCCUCCAGCCCCACUAUUCACAGCUGUACCCUCAAGAUCCUUCUUCCCUCGUGGCUUUCUGUGGGAUGAAGGUUUCCACCAGCUUGUGGUGCAUCAAUGGGAGCCACGUUUGACUCGGGAGGCCCUGGGCCACUGGCUUGGGCUGCUUAAUGCUGAUGGCUGGAUUGGGCGAGAGCAGGUGCUGGGAGAUGAGGCCAGGGCCCGUGUGCCCCCGCCUUUCCUGGUACAGAGGGCAGCCCAUGCCAACCCACCAUCCCUUUUGCUGCCUGUGAUGCGCAUGCUGGACGGUGGAGACACUGCUGACUUGGACUUCUUACGUACAGCUUUCCCCCGCCUCCAGGCCUGGUUUUCUUGGCUCCGACAAAGCCAGGCAGGCCCACUCCCUCUGUCCUACCGCUGGCGAGGACGGGACCAGGCUAAUGCUGAUCUCCUAAACCCUAAGACAUUGCCCUCAGGUCUGGAUGACUAUCCUCGAGCUUCACACCCGUCACCAGAUGAGCGGCAUUUGGACUUGCGCUGCUGGGUGGCUUUUGGUGCCAGUGUGCUGGCCCGACUGGCACAAAAGCUUGGUGAGACCCAGGCAGAGACUGAGCUGGCUGAUCUUGCAGCCAAAUUGAAGGAUGAGAAUGGUCUGGACUCCUUGCAUUGGGCCCCUGAGUUGGGUGCCUUUGCCGAUUUUGGGAAUCAUACAGGAGCUGUUCGCCUUGCGAGGGGUCCACAGGGGCUGGUACGAGUGGUGGGGCAUCCUCCUCCCCACCUGCAGUAUGUUGAUGCGUUGGGGUAUGUCAGUCUCUUUCCACUGCUCCUCAGACUGCUGAGCCCUGACUCUCCACACCUGGGACCCCUGCUGGACCUGCUGGCAGACAGCCGACAAUUAUGGAGUCCUUUUGGUUUGCGAUCAUUGUCUGCCUCUAGCCCUCUCUAUGGACGGCGCAACUCAGAGCAUGACCCACCAUACUGGCGAGGGGCUGUGUGGUUCAACGUCAACUACCUAGCACUGGGUGCCCUGGCUCACUAUGGGCGCCUAGAGGGCCCCCACCAAGCCCAUGCUUCUCAACUCCACACCCAACUUCGAACCAACCUUGUGGGAAAUGUGUGGCGCCAGUACCGGGAUACAGGUUUUUUAUGGGAACAGUACAGUGAUCGAGAUGGUCAUGGCAUGGGCUCUCGGCCAUUUCACGGCUGGACCAGUCUUGUGCUCCUUGCUAUGGCCGAGGACUACUGAUUCCCCCAUCCUCCAAACACCCCUUCCCAUGUCAACUCAGGACCAACUCACUGGCCAGCUUUCCCAAAAUCACAAUCACCCAUCCUGGCCUUGCUAGGAACUGACUAAUCCACCAUUCCCUUAGUCCCUCUUUGCUGCUGCUGGGGAUCAAGAGCCUCGUGUGUGGUGCAGGGGAGGGAGACAGGGGGUGGGGUCCUCUGCUCCAGAGCUCCUGGUCCCAUGCCUGGAACUGUUCAUCUCAGGUGUUGCCCCACCCAUCUCCAGUAGUCUUGGUGGCAGGUGGUGGUGAAGUCAAGAGUUUAUUUUUCUAAAAUAAAAGUUACCUUCCUGUGA